CGUUUAGACGAGCGUAGAAUGAUCAAAACAUGUCCUUCACGGUUUGCAAAAGUUUAAGGCAUUUAAGAACACUGAACAGCGUUUUAUGUGAAGGAAAAUCUCUUCAGAAGGUAUGCAGUAUUCACACUUCAGUAUUGACACAAGCAGAAUCAAAUGGAACAACAACAGGGGUCAAAGGUGAACUGGCUGGCUCCGAGAAGGCUUCAGUACCAAAAGCGUUCACAAAACAGCAGAUCAUUACACGAUCCAUAGACAGAUUUAUACGAUAUUUAGAAACAGAAGAUGCAAAGUUGGAGAAGAGUAUAGCAGAGUAUGAACUAGGGAAAAGGCACCUUGCAAAUAUAAUGGGCCUAGAUGACUCUGCAGACUUGACUCGGGAAGAAGUCAGGAAAUGUCUCGAUUAUUUGCUGCCAUCAAGUUUGACCAACAAGGAAGCGAGGCCCAUCAUGGAGCAUCCACUAGUACUGAGACCACGACGACAUAUGGCUGAACAUGAUGAGGAGGGUCGACCCACACACUAUCUGCACUACACAUUGAAACCAUCCUUCUAUGAAGUCAUGCAUACGAUGGCAGUAAAAUAUGAAAAGUUCAAGCAAUUUGAGCAUCCAUUAGACGGAGACAAAUACCCCCCUCUAGAACAAGGCACUGAAUGGAUGCCAUAUGAGGAAUUCAAAAAAUCAUUUAAAUCCGAGAAGAUAAAUGAAAACGAUUAUCGACGGUUUAUUGUUCUAGCUGAUCGUCUGUACACAAGCCAGUAUGCUCCGAUGGAGCAAGAUUACUUGGCGAAGUUCCGGCAGAGGAGAGUGGGAACACAUGAUGGCCAGGACAGAAAAAUUCUGCCAGUCCAGGGAGAUGAUGGAAGAUAUUUCGUUAUAGAGAAAGGAAAGAAGAAGACUGCAGAGGCGUAUGUGUGCGUGAAAAGCAAUGGAACGGGACAGUGGAGCAUUAACGGGCAGGAUAUCUCAUAUUUUGAAGACACUAUGCACAGGAAGGCGGUGAUAUGGCCGUUCCAGCUGUGUAAUGUGCUCGAACAGUAUGACGUGGCGGUGAAAGUCACUGGGGGCGGGGCCAGUGGCCAGGCCAACGCCAUCAGGCUUGGGGCAGCACGUGCACUUGCACCAUUCCUUGAACAGGAUAUGAAUGACAAGCUCAUGAUUGCUGGCCUCCUUACCAGAGAUAUACGUAGAAAAGAAAGGAAGAAACCUGGACAAGAAAAGGCUAGAAAGAAAUUUACAUGGAAGCGGAGAUGAUUUCGCAGACUUUUGGCCACAUCAAGAUACUUUUUAUUGUCACUUGUGUAUUUUACAUUACAUGCAUGUUAGAGACAUUUUUGAUUUUGGAUUUCACACUUAACUAUAGCCAAUACUUUCUUUGCAAAAUUUCAUUAACAAUCUGUCUAUUAUCUAUACAAAUCUGUGUGUAUAAAUAAUGUUGAUGAUGUUUUGGAAAUUCAUGCAAAUAAAUAUUUAUAU